UUUUUGGUAGAUGCUCUUAUGAAUGUGGAUUUGGUAGUUCCGUCAUACCGUCACUUUAUAGAAGCCUUGGAGUAUUAUGUGUUGUCAUUUCUGGUGUUACUGCAUUGGACAUAUGUCCAAUGCCAACACUGCAGUGUUACUGUUGGUAUGGAUUUCAUUACUUUGGGUGGUCUCUUUACUGAAAUCUCCAAC